CCUCAGUAGGCUGUAAAUCAUUUGAAAACAUCAAUCAAAUAUUUUUGUUUUUGUCGAUUUUUUAUUAACUUAUGGAUAAUACGGUCGAUGAGGAACCAUCGUCAACAUUCGACGCCAAGAAAGAAUGUGCCAUUUGUCUGGAAGAGCUGGACAGCAACGUGAAGGCGCUGGAGUGUUCCCACAGCUAUCAUGAACGUUGCAUCGAUAUGUGGCUGGAGAAGAAACGUACCUGUCCGACCUGUAGACAUGUUACCAAAAUCAGUCCCCGAAGGUUGAUUAUUGCCGCCAGGAGGCAAGCUCGUAGAACGAGAAGCUACCAGAUGCAAACUAGACACGGUCGCAUUCAACGAUUGAUGGAUCGAAUCACUGAGAGGACGGAUGAAGAAACGCCUCAAAAUUGAAUCAUGAUUUGGCUUUUAUAUUUUGAAAUAAAUUUAGUAACAAUGAUA